CCUUUUACAUCAAGAAAAUCGAAAAGUCUAGUUGCUUCUCCUUUUUCAACAGUGGACAGCUUCUCAGUAGCUACAGUUUGCAACCGAAUGGCAGAGUCAACAAAAAGGUAUGCGGUUGUUACGGGUGCGAACAAGGGGAUUGGCUUCGAAAUAUGCAGGCAGUUGGCUUCAAGCGGGAUUGUGGUUGUGCUAACAUCUAGAGAUGAAAAAAGAGGGCUCGAAGCAGUUCAAAAGCUCAAAGACUCUGGUCUAUCUGAUUACAUAAUAUUCCAUCAGCUUGAUGUCACCAAUCUCUCUAGUGUUUUAUCACUCGCAAAUUUCAUUGAGACCCAAUGUAGAAAGCUAGAUAUAUUGGUGAACAAUGCCGGGGUUAUUGGAGCCACUAUAAAUGAAGAGGCCUUCAGGGCCUCUAAUUAUUAAAUGGAACAGGAUGCUGCUAAAGUCGAUUGGAGCAAAAUUUUGGUACCGUCUUAUGAAACAGCCGAAGCAUGCAUUGACACCAAUUACUAUGGGGCGAAAAGAAUGGUGGAAGCUCAUAUCAGCCUCCUCCAGCGGUCUGAUUCGCCUAGGAUCGUGAACGUCUCCUCCAUCAUUGGGAAACUCCAGUAUGUGUCAAGCGAAUGGGCCAAGGAAGUUUUGAGCGACAUCGAGAACCUAACGGAGGAGAAAGUGGACGAGGUGGUGAAGAUUUACCUUGAAGAUUUCAAGAAGGAUACAUCCGCGGUCACGCCCGCAUAUAUCAUGUCGAAAGCAGCCCUCGAUGCCUACACUAGGAUCCUCGCCAGGAAGUUCCCAGGUUUCUGCAUCAACUGCGUAUGCCCCGGCAACGUGAGAACAGACAUCAAUCAGCACAUAGGCGUCUUGUCCGUCGAAGAAGGCGCGGAGAGUCCCGUGAAGCUGGCGCUUUUGCCCAGCGGGGGCGUUACAGGUUGUUUCUUCAUUAGGAAGGAACAAUCAGAGUUCUGAUGAAAGGUUAUGACUAAACUCCUUUGGUUUGAAACACAAUUCAGAUGAAUAAAAUGCGUAGUUAACGAACA